AAGCGUCCUUCUAUAUACACAAAGAAAAAAAAUAUUUCAGAGCUUUGCAUGUGAUAACACAAGUGUCACUGCUAUUCACAGCAACGACGGAAUUUAGUACAGACAGUACUAACACUCACUGGACUCAGCAUUACAAUAUGGCUUUACUUUUUAGAACUGUGGCCCAAUUAAUCGGACUUUCACUAUCUUUGCUGGGAUGGAUUUUAUCGUGUCUCACAACGUAUCUGCCAGAGUGGAAGAAACUCAACUUAGAGCUAAAUGAGAUGGAAAACUGGACCCUGGGACUCUGGCAGACUUGUGUGAUUCAAGAGGAAGGAGGGAUGCAGUGUAAGGAUUUUGAUUCAUUCUUGGCUUUGCCUACUGAGCUGAAGAUCUCCAGGAUUUUGAUGUUUCUAUCAAAUGGAUUUGGAGUUCUAGGCUUGUUGGUAUCUGGGUUGGGUCUGGAUUGUUUGAGGAUUGGAGAAGGGCAACAAGGGCUCAAGAAAUGGCUGAUGAUCCUGGGAGGGAUGCUGCUGUGGCUAUCAGGAAUUAUAGCCCUCAUUCCUGUGUCCUGGGUUGCCCACAACACAGUUGAGGAAUUUUGGGAUGAGACCAUUCCAGAUAUUGUCCCCAGAUGGGAGUUUGGAGAAGCUCUCUUUGUUGGCUGGUUUGCUGGAUUUUUUCUUGUCAUUGGAGGGUCUUUGCUUAAUUGUGCAGCUUGUGCUACUCAAAAAUAUCCAUCCUUCAGUCCUUAUGCAAUGGCAGAAAUUCAAGAUCCAAGUCAAAACCUGGAGAUGAAAAAUACUCCCCUGAAAAUCUAAGACAAAUGGACCAGUCUCUCUCAAACUCUUCUCUACCAGAAACUUGUUCAGCUCUGGAUUAGGUAGGAUUAUCCACUUCACAGUUGCUCUUCAUUUUUCUACAAUGCAUUCUUCCUUUGGCCAUUAGGGUUUUAAGCUGCAAUUUUCUUCCGAGACUGAAAAAACUUUUUCAUCUUCCAUCCUGAGACUAAAACCAAUGAAGACUUAAUAGUGACCAUGCUCAUUACAUUUGAUGAGUUGCUCUAAAUUUUAAAAUCCCUCGGUGAUCGCACAG